CCCGCGGGCCCGCUCGAGCCCCCGGAGCCGCCCGAAGCGCCCGCGAGCCGCCGGCCGGGCGGGAUCCGGGUCCUGAAGGGUCCUGUCUUCCUACACUGCCGGGAAGUGGUUCAACCCACCUCUGGCUCGCUGGAGUUCCAUUCUGGGGACCAUUAGAAAGAUUCCAGAAAUUAAUCUUGAUUACAGAGCUCAGCUGGUGGGGUGGCAGGCUGACUGUCUAAGGCACUUGAAUCUCUUGGUUUUAUUGCAUAUGGUUAAUGCUUUAUAUAAUCCUUGCAAAUAAAUGGGAUCGACUAUGGAACAUAGGAGCCAUGCAUUCUACAUACAGAAGUUCCCUUAAAUAGCUGAGUGGUUGAAGUCUGUGCCAAGUGAAACUGGAAAAGAAUAGAGAAAUAUGAAACGCAAUGGGAGCAGAAAUUGUUUGAAUAGGAGAAGUAGGUUUGGUUCUCGAGAAAGAGACUGGCUGAGAGAAGAUGUGAAGAGAGGCUGUGUUUACCUUUAUGGAGCAGACACGACCACUGCCACUACAACCGCCACCUCCGCUGCCUCCUCCGCCGCUGCCGCCUCCUCUGACUUACAUCUUGUCCUUUGCACAGUAGAGACUCCAGCAUCAGAAAUAUGUGCCGGAGAGGGAAGGGAAAGUCUUUAUUUACAGCUUCAUGGCGACCUGGUCAGGAGACUGGAACCCACCGAACGGCCUCUUCAGAUUGUUUAUGAUUACUUGUCCAGGCUGGGCUAUGACGACCCUGUGCGCAUACAGGAGGAGGCCGCCAAUCCCGACCUCGGCUGCAUGCUUCGGUUUUAUGGUGAGAAACCAUGCCAGAUGGACCAACUGGAUCGAAUCCUUCUCUCUGGCAUCUAUAACGUACGCAAGGGGAAGACCCAGCUGCAUAAGUGGGCUGAACGCCUAGUUGUUCUCUGUGGCACCUGCCUCAUCGUUUCCUCAGUGAAGGAUUGUCAAACUGGAAAGAUGCACAUUUUGCCUCUGGUCGGGGGAAAGGUAGAAGAAGUGAAGCGAAGGCAGUACUCCCUGGCAUUCAGCUCAGCUGGAGCCCAGGCUCAGACCUAUCAUGUCAGCUUUGAGACUUUGGCUGAGUACCAGAGAUGGCAACGGCAAGCAUCCAAGGUGGUGUCCCAGCGAAUCAGCACUGUCGACCUCUCAUGUUACAGCCUUGAGGAGGUUCCUGAGCAUCUCUUCUACAGUCAAGAUAUCACCUACCUCAACUUGCGACAUAACUUCAUGCAAUUAGAAAGGCCAGGGGGCCUUGACACUCUUUACAAAUUUUCUCAUCUGAAGGGCCUGAACUUGUCCUAUAAUAAACUUGGGUUGUUUCCUGUAUUGUUGUGUGAGAUUUCUACCCUGACUGAGCUAAACCUUUCCUGUAAUGGAUUUCACGACCUGCCAAGUCAGAUUGGCAAUCUUCUAAAUCUUCAAACUCUCUGUCUUGAUGGCAACUAUCUGACUACUUUGCCUGAAGAAUUGGGAAAUCUGCAACAGCUUUCCUCCCUUGGAAUUUCCUUCAACAACUUCAGUCAAAUUCCCGAGGUGUAUGAGAAACUCACCAUGUUAGACAAAGUGGUUAUGGCAGGAAAUCGACUGGAAGUCCUAAACCUAGGGAUGCUGAACAGGAUGAGCCAUAUCAAACACGUAGAUUUAAGGAUGAACCAUUUGAAAACCAUGGUAAUUGAAAAUCUGGAGGGAAAUAAAUACAUCACCCACAUGGAUUUGCGAGACAACCAGCUGACUGACUUAGAUCUUAGCUCCUUCUGUAGCUUGGAGCAGCUGCAUUGUGAACGGAACCAGCUGAGGGAGCUGACACUCAGUGGCUUCUCCCUUCGGACUCUCUAUGCCAAUUCCAACAGGCUGACAGCAGUGAAUGUCUAUCCAGUACCCAGUCUUCUCACGUCUCUAGAACUUUCCAGAAACCAACUGGAAUGUGUCCCUGACUGGGCCUGUGAAGCAAAGAAGAUAGAAAUAUUAGAUGUGAGCUAUAAUCUUCUGACAGAGGUUCCUAUGAGAAUUCUUAGUAGCUUGAGUCUUCGGAAACUGAUGGUGGGACACAAUCACGUGCAGAACCUCCCAGCGCUGGUGGAGCACAUCCCCCUGGAGGUGCUGGAUAUUCAGCAUAACCUGCUCACCAGGCUGCCGGACACCCUCUUCUCCAAGGCCUUAAACCUCAGGUACUUGAAUGCAUCCGCAAAUAGUCUGGAGUCCUUGCCACCUGCUUCUGCAGGGGAGGAGAGCCUGAGUGCCCUGCAGCUGCUCUAUCUGACCAACAAUCUCCUGACAGAUCAGUGUGUGCCCGUCCUGGUCGGGCACCCACACCUGCGAAUCUUGCAUCUUGCAAACAACCAGCUACAGACUUUUCCCGCAAGCAAACUAAAUAAAUUGGAACAAUUGGAGGAACUGAACCUAAGUGGCAACAAGCUUAAAACCAUUCCCACGACCAUAGCGAACUGCAAAAGGCUCCACACCCUUGUCGCACACUCCAACAACAUCAGCAUUUUCCCAGAAAUACUGCAGUUGCCUCAGAUUCAGUUUGUAGACUUAAGUUGUAAUGACUUGACAGAAAUCCUGAUCCCAGAGGCCCUGCCUGCUACCUUACAGGACCUUGACCUGACUGGAAAUACAAACCUGGUUCUGGAACACAAGACACUGGACACAUUUAGCCAUAUCACAACCCUGAAAAUUGACCAGAAACCUUUGCCAACCACGGAUCCUACAGUUACAUCAGCUUUUUGGAGCCAUGGACUGGCUGAGAUGGCAGGGCAGAGGAACAAGCUGUGUGUAUCUUCGCUAGCUGUGGAUACCUUUGCGGAGGGCGUGGGAGCCGUGUACGGCAUGUUCGAUGGGGACCGGAAUGAGGAGCUCCCCCGCCUCCUGCAGUGCACGGUGGCAGACGUGUUUCUGGAGGAGGUCCAGCACUCGUCCAGUGACACCGUUUCCAUGGCUCACACCUUCUUGGUAUCUCACAGGAAAUUAGGGAUGGCUGGUCAGAAGCUGGGCUCCUCUGCUCUUCUUUGUUAUAUCCGCCCUGACAUUGCCGACUCAACAAGUAGUUUUAGCUUGACGGUGGCCAACGUGGGCACGUGCCAAGCAGUCCUGUGUCGAGGUGGGAAACCAGUGCCCCUCUCUAAAGUCUUCAGCCUGGAACAGGAUGCGGACGAGGCCCACAGAGUGAAGGACCAAAAAGCCAUCAUAACAGAGGAUAACAAAGUGAAUGGGGUAACCUGCUGCACCCGGAUGCUGGGCUGUACAUAUCUCUACCCUUGGAUCCUCCCCAAGCCCUACAUCUCCUCCACUACACUUACCAUUCAGGACGAGUUGUUGAUCCUGGGAAACAAAGCAUUGUGGGAACACUUGUCAUACACAGAAGCUGUCAGCGCAGUGCGUCAUGUGCAGGACCCCUUAGCAGCUGCCAAGAAGCUGUGCACACUAGCGCAGAGCUACGGUUGCCGGGACAAUGUGGGGGCAGUAGUGGUUUACUUGAACAUGGGUGAGGAAGGCUGCACUUGCGAGGUGAAUGGGCUCGGCCUGCCGGGUCCCGGGGGAUUUGCUCCAACCACCGCCACCAAGGACCCGCUCAAGCCAACCACUCCUUCCUCCAGCAGCGGGAUCGCCUCUGAGUUCAGCAGCGAGAUGUCCACGUCGGAGGUGAGCAGCGAGGUGGGGUCCACCGCUUCUGAUGAGCACAACACCGCCGGCCCGGACGCCAGCUUGCUGCCCCGGCCAGAGAGGCGCUGCAGCCUCCACCCCGCCCCCGCCUCCGCGGUGUUCCAGCGCCAGCCGUCUUGUGCGACUUUCUCGAGUAACCAGUCUGACAAUGGCCUGGACAGUGACGAUGACCAGCCCGUCGAGGGGGUCAUAACCAACGGCAGCAAAGUAGAGGUGGAAGUGGAUAUCCACUGCUGUAGGGGGAGGGAGAGCUCGCCCACGCUCCCAAAGACUUCUCACACCCCGUGUCCCGAGGAACAGGGGAGAGGAUUGUGUUUUGGGAUCCGCAGACAGAACAGUGUGAACAGUGGCAUACUUCUGCCGGUGAGCAAGGACAGGAUGGAGCUACAGAAGUCUCCCUCCACCUCCUGUCUCUACGGGAAGAAACUCUCCAAUGGCUCGGUUGUGCCCCUCGAAGACAGCCUGAACCUCAUUGAAGUGGCCACAGAAGCACCCAAGAAGAAAACUGGCUAUUUUGCUGCCCCCACGCAGCUGGAGCCGGAGGAUCAGUUUGUUUUACCUCGUGACCUGGAAGAAGAAGUGAAGGAGCAAAUGAAGCAACACCAGGAAAGCAGGCCCGAGCCUGAGCUGAUUGAAGAGGAUCGGACCGAGCUCCCCGAGGAGUUUGACACGGCACUGUAAUCCUCCCCAGCAGCCCAGCGUUCGGGAAGGCUGUGUGGGGUCGGGCUGGGGAUCCUUCCAGAGGCACGUUGCCUCUGCAUUUCUAAACCAUAGAUGAAGGAGGUAGAACUUGGAGCCAAAAAUGGUGAGAGCUAUCAGGGUCUCACUCCGGAUAAGUUAGUAAACACCAUCAGUGUUAAGUUUCACUUUUAACCUGCACUGGGAUUCCCAGAGUUACUGGGAAGAAAGCAGAUGUUGCUCUGUUAUCAGUCCUGCCACCUGCCAUUAACCCUUUCUCUCCUAGGAUAAUUUUGAGAAUUUGCCUGCCUGGGUAGGAAAGGGACUAUUUCUGUGGAGGAAAAUAACUGAAGAUGAUUCCCUUUACUGAUUGCUGCUGAUGGAUCUCUAUGACAGAGGAAUCACCUUAUGUCUCAACCUAACUGGUGGGAUGUGAUGUGUCUAGUCACAUGACUUUUCAUUCUUCUCUACGAGAAUACAGCCUAUCAAAAUGACGUUUAUUGGAAAUGUAGAACCAAUCAAACAGAUAAUUUAUGUAUGUAAUGUAACGAGAGCACUUUCCAUUGACUGUGAACUUUUUAUUUUCGAAUCUGCACUCGAGCCAAUCUUCUUAGAGGCAGCCCAGCACCGUGGUCUCCGUAGGUAGAAUGAGCAUCAGGUGUUGGAGCCUUGCAUGAGGGUACUAGGCAGGGUCCUGGGAAAUUGAUUUAAUUGUUGGAUGUCAGACUGUGAAAGCUCCUGAGAAGCUUGGGGG